CUUACAGUUCCUGACCACAGGUACUGUUCGUUGGUUAGUUAGUAUAAUUGGAUUGGUUUAAUCUCACCGAUCCACCGCCUAAAAUGUCUACGUGUUUUAAUUUUGGUCUUCUCUACCUUCUCUCUUCUGUUUCGUCUCCACCCAUCACCGUUCCUCCGCGAAUGCUUUUCUUCGGUUUUCGAUUUGUCUUCAUCGUCUUAUGGUCGCCGCCUCCAGAUUCUUCCUAUCGCCUCUCUUAUCAAGUGUUAGUAAUCUACCGCCUCUUCCCCACGGAUAGACCUUCCCGAUCCUUCCAUCACCACUCUAUUUUUCUUUUGGCUUCCCUCUCCCUUUUCCAUAUCUUUCAUCGAACUCCAUGUCUUGCCCUAAAUCGCCGCUUUUUGCACAUAUAUAUAGGAGGGUUGAACAAGCGAAAUAACCAUACAGGUGCUUCCAUGGUUGUCUCCUUUUAUCGAUUGGAGCUUCACAAAAUUGUGUUCAAGAAAGGGGAUAUCAGAAUCAACAAUCUAAAACCACAAGGACAACGGCUAAACUGUGAAUGGAAAGAAAAGAAAUAUCGCUCGGGAAAAGAGAGAAGGGAGAUCGAUGUUGCCUCACUCGCUUUGUCUUCAAUCAUCAGGGCUAAACUGAGAAUGGAAAGAAAACAAAUAUCGCCCAGGAAGAGAGAGAAGGGAGAUCAAGGUUGUCUUCAUCUCGUUGUCAAUAAAUCAGAAAAUAAAGAAAACAAAUACCUCUUGCAACACUUCUACAAGAACGAAAAAAGAAAAAGAAGAAGCCAAAUAAGGAUGAAAUAAAGUGUCCUGGGCGUGAAGAGAUCAAAUUUAGAGAUGUUAAACUCCACCAAAGUUGGUCGAUGCUCCCAAGGGAUAUGUUAUCCAGAUUUUUUUAAAGAUCCGCAAGUUACUUACUCUUGCUGCCACAUUAAACGACUUAACACGUGGACUCAAGGUCAAAGGACAAUGCACUGAUUGAAAUAGUGUGUAGUGCUGUGGACGAGGAGUUGGAGAACUUCAACGAAGUUGUAAUGAAGCGUUAUGACGGUGGAGAGUCAAAGGGAAACUUUGACCCCGAAAAGCAUAUAUAGGCUUAUUUACCUGUUAGACUCAAUGAGCAACAAGUGACAAAUUUAUUGCAAUGUAUAAUUCCCAUUUCAAUUCUUUGGGGUUACUUUGCUUACAUGUCAAUUUUCAUUAAGAUUGUUGCUCUUUUUCAUCCCUGCUGGUCAACAAGCCCCUAUAUAUGUAAUGACCAAAAAACCCUUAUUUAACUCUGAAAAAAUUCCUUCGGACUCAUGCAAAGCAUGGGUCUCUUCUCUAGUUAUUAUUAUUAUCAUUAUUAUUAUUAUUAUAAGUUGGUCAUGAUAUUUUGAUUUUGAUUUUGAUUUGGCAAUGGUUAGAUUAUUUUCAAGUUUGCUAUUAUGCAUAUUUAUUAAGAAAAGAUAAUAGUGUUGUUCCAUCAUUGAAGGUCUCGAUUUCGGCCCCCAAGCUUUUGUACUUGUGUUCUGCCCCUGGUCGUGAAGACCAUUACGGACAACCUAAUAAAACAUAUAAACAAUUAAACAUUUUAGUAUGAAUUU